UAUUCGAGAGAACAGGAGCGCUGCUGAUCUGGCGCGCGCGCGGCCGCAGUCCACUCGCUAGAUAACAGUCUAGCCGUCCCGUCCCGGCGACCCGAACUGCAGCGACAGCGACCGCCGGAUUGUAAUCAGCCGAGACGGGGCGUCGUCUUCGUUUGUUUUAUUGAAAAAGAAAUAAAAUAUAAAGGUUAAAGCUUUCUCGUAGCUUCCCCCCUGAACACGCCGGCGAUUCUCGUGGCUUUCGCUGGUCCAGCUCGAGGUUCUCCCCCAUUAAUUCCGUCGAGCUGGAGCCCGUCGUCUUUGGCUGCUGCUGCUGCUUCUCAUUCUUUCCUUCUGGUUCUGCCGGUCCUUUUCUUUUAUUGGUAAAAACAUCGUGACGAUUUUAUUUGGUGUGAUUUUGGGCGCUUUUACUAGCAUAGGUUCCGCUACAGACGUUUCAUCUCCUCUUUCAAUCUGUUGGUAAUCUCGGUUACCUCUGGUUCCGAUUGGGGGGUGGGGGGAAUCGUACUCUUAAAUUUGUCGCUACUUUCCUCGUGUCGUUCGCUCUUCCAACACUAGCUCUCUACUUGCAAAGAACACGAGAUUUUCCUCCCAGUUGAGUUUUUCAUCGAGUUGGAGUUUGACUCUUUGCUUCGCUGGGACCCUAAACUUGGGACUUGGGCCGGUCCGGCGGAAUGCCGAGCGGGAACUUGCUUUCCCGCAGGAGGCGUUCGUGGCGUGCCAAUGAGCUCGUGAGCAGGAGCACCCUGCAACUGCUGGACUUCGACGAUGGCUCACCACCAGAGCAUGCAUGGAGGAGGAAACUAAGUAGUCAUGCUAAUAGAUUGAAAGAGUUCAAUGUUACAUUCAGAGAAGCAAUUAGAAUGAUGAAACUUGGUCUCCGACUUUGGUCAUAUAUUCGGGAGGAAGCUUCUCAUGGAAGGCUUGACAACUUACCAAUUGGCAGAAAGCACCAAUUGAUCCCUUCACUAGAGAGAGCAACAGACCCUCAGCCUCACAAGGAGUACCUCUUGGUGGGAUGGGGUGUGUGUGAUAUUGGUUUACAACCAGCCUUUCUGUCUUUCUGUUUUCAAGAACAUUUACUGUGUACACUCAAUCCUUUCCUCUGCAGGAGUGGUAGCAUUUCUAGAGGCUUUAGGGGAGAAUUCAAGAAUUGGCAGAUAACUCCUGGUUAUUGUGAAAUGUCUCCUGUGAUGGCCAAUCAAUUUUCGAUCUUUGUCACUAGGGGAGGAAACAAGAAAUAUGCUUCAGUUUUGGCCCCUGGCCAACUUGAUGGUUUGAAGAAAUCUAGCGAUGAUGGUAUAUCGUCCUGGGAUUGGAAAUUAAAGGGCGAUCGUUCGACAUACCAUGCUUUGUUUCCUCGGGCAUGGACUGUUUAUGAUGGCGAACCAGAUCCAGAGCUGAAAGUAUCUUGCCGUCAAAUAUCGCCAUUUAUUCCACACAACUACGAAGAGAGCAGUCUUCCUACCUCUAUUUUUGUAUACACUCUAGUGAAUACCGGAAAGGAAAGGGCAAAAGUUAGCCUAUUGAUGACUUGGGCGAAUUCCAUUGGAGGACUUUCACAUCAUACUGGUGGCCAUGUAAAUGAGCCAUUCAUAGGAGAAAAUGGAGUUUCUGGCGUUCUUCUACAUCACAAGACAGCCAAUAAUAAUCCUCCUGUAACAUUUGCAAUUGCGGCAUGUGAAAACCAAAAUGUAAAUGUCACAGUAUUGCCUGUUUUUGGGCUUUCUGGAGAAAGUUCUGUUACUGCCAGGGGAAUGUGGGGCACAAUGAUCCAGGAUGGUUCCUUUGACCGAGAUAAUUUCAAUGCUGGUGCCAGCAUGCCUUCUUCACUGGGUGAUACAGUUUGUGCAGCAGUUUCUGCUUCCACCUGGGUUGAACCACAUGGAAGAUGUACAAUUGUAUUUGCGUUGGCUUGGUCUGCUCCUAAGGUUAAGUUUAAAAAGGGAAGUACAUACUACAGGAGAUAUACAAAGUUCUAUGGAACUUCGCCAAGAUCAGCUGUAAAUUUGGUACAAGAUGCUUUGAUGAAGUAUAAACAUUGGGAAGAGGAGAUCGAUAAGUGGCAGACCCCAAUUCUCCGUGAUGAGAGGCUUCCAGAGUGGUACAAGAUUACUCUCUUUAAUGAACUGUACUUCCUAGUUGCUGGAGGAACCAUUUGGAUUGAUAGCGAAUCCUUGGUGGUUGAUGCUGAUACCAAGUCGAAUUCAAGUCCCCUUGAGGAUAGUGAUUCGCCACUUAAUGACAGCACGAGCAAUUCUACAGUUCCCCUAAUCGGUUUUGACCCACAUGAGAUUGAUGACAAAGAAAACGUUGGGAAGUUUUUGUACCUGGAAGGAAUAGAGUACUUCAUGUGGUGCACUUAUGAUGUACACUUCUAUGCCUCUUUUGCUCUUUUGGAUCUGUUUCCUAAGAUUGAAUUAAGCAUUCAACGUGAUUUUGCUAGAGCUGUUCUGCGGGAAGAUAACAGUAGAGUCAGAUUUCUUGCUGAUGGUGCCUGGGGUAUUCGUAAAGUAAUUGGUGCUGUCGCCCAUGACCUUGGAGCACAUAAUCCGUGGCAUGAAUUGAAUGCUUACAACAUCCACGACACAAGUAGAUGGAAAGAUCUUAAUCCCAAGUUUGUGCUUCAGAUUUACAGGGAUUUUGCUGCAACAGGUGAUAUGUCAUUUGGCAAGGAUGUCUGGCCAGCAGUUUGUACUGCUAUGGAAUAUAUGGAACAAUUUGAUCAUGAUGGUGAUGGUAUGAUUGAAAAUGAUGGAUUUCCCGAUCAAACUUAUGAUGCUUGGACUGUUCGGGGAGUAAGUGCAUAUUGUGGUUGCCUUUGGCUUGCUGCCCUUCAAGCUGCAGCGGCACUGGCCCGCAGCCUUGGACAUGAUGACUAUGCUGAGAGGUGUAUGACAAGAUUUGCAAAAGCUAAAUCCGUAUUUGAAGCCAAGUUAUGGAAUGGUUCAUACUUCAAUUAUGACAGUGGAACAAGUUACAAUAGCCGUUCCAUCCAGGCAGAUCAGCUGGCUGGACAAUGGUAUACUGCUUCGUCAGGGUUGCCUCCUCUAUUUGAAGAGGAUAGGAUAAAAUGCACGCUUCAGAAAAUAUUUGACUAUAAUGUGAUGAGGGUGAAAGGAGGACGUAUGGGAGCUGUGAACGGUAUGCAUCCGAAUGGGAAGGUAGAUGAAACCUGUAUGCAGUCAAGGGAAAUAUGGACAGGAGUGACAUAUAGUUUAGCUGCAACGAUGCUGCUCCAUGGAAUGGAGCAUCAGGCCUUUACUACUGCAGAAGGCAUUUAUAUUGCAGGAUGGUCUGAAGAGGGCUAUGGGUACUGGUUCCAAACUCCAGAAGCAUGGACGGUUGAUGGCCACUACAGAUCACUGAUAUAUAUGCGCCCCCUUGCAAUCUGGGCAAUGAAGCAGGCCUUGUCCCCUCCAAUGUGGAUACUCGAGGCGCCGAAGGUAAAUACAAUGGACAGGGCUCACAUUUCUCCGGGCACAUUCCAGUUCCUCCAGGAUAGGGUCAGGAAGAUGACGCCCAAGAAUGGUUGUUUUGGAAACACUGUAUUUAACUGGGAUUGUUGAUGUGAUGUUAGAGCUUCUAUUUCACUGUUGUCCAUUGUAUUUCUCUGGGGCACCUGAUGUAGAAAUUGCAGAGUUUGGGAGGUGCGCAAUCUUCUCUUGUGUAAGCUCGGAAGUGGUAUGGUGUUCCUCUGACAGUGAGCCGAACUUUGUACACGGUUGUACAGAAAAUGUAUACUAGUACAGAUUUGUGCAUAUAGUAUUUUAAAGGCAUCGUAGCCGAAUUCAUCCA